UGGGGGAUUUAACCGGAGGUCGUGCAGCCUGCUGCAGCCCACGUUAUUUGGGAAUAAAACAUUAAAGGGAAAACAUGAGAUGGCAUUCAAAGGCAGAGCGGUCGACUCGAAGACCGUGCUCCUCAACCUGCUGCUGUGUCUGCUCAUAUUUUACUCGCUUUUCUACAUGAUCGGGAGCGUCUGCUUUGGUGCCUUCAGGUUGGACCACUUUGACGGACUGAUUCCUUUUGACUUUAAGACUGAACCGACUGAAUCCAACUCCAAAUACUUGGUGAACCUCCUGUCCUUGGAGCUCACCUACUUUUGCAGUGGCCUUCUGUUUGCCGCAGUGGUGAGGAGGCGGGUUUGGGACUACGCUCUCACUGUCACACUGGUGCAUGUAAUGAUCACCAGCCUAGUAAUGUUGGAGUUUCCUACCGUGUGGCAGUGGUGGCUGGCUUUAGGCAGUGGCUUGUUUCUGAUGAUUUGCAAUGGUCAGUUGAUUGCUUACUUCACAUGCCAGAGUGAGCAGAGCUACGCAUCCUUCAGCAUCUACUGACAGACUGAAAGCCACCCUCCCUGUGUCCAAACUGUUCCACAGUCUUGUGAAGUGAGGUAGAAAGGAUCAGAACAGAUGCUCUCCUUUUUUCUCUUUUUUUUUUUUUGAGGGGAAGACACCCAUUAGGUUCUCCACGGUGAUGGGCUUUUUCUGUUCAUCACUAAAAUUAGACACCAAAACACCACACGUGAAGUUGGAGCUGGGGUCCAAUUUGUGUUUUAGUGUUGC